CUUCAGCGUGUUGUUUUGCAGUGAGUUGUUCUGAAAACCCCUGAAAAUUCGCUGUUUUGCUCGAUGUAGACAUUUAACUAUGUGGAGGAUAGUCCAUAAUGUCCAGAGAGGUUUCAGGCAGUUCACUUACAAUCAACCAUUGCGGACAACUAACCUAUCCCAACAAAAUAAAAACCAAGACGAGGAUAAGACAAGUUCUUACCACUAUCACAAUGGGUUAGUGCCACCAGACAGACAGGUAGCAAGAAUACAUUGCGGUGUGAGUUCUGACCAUGGCGGUGGAGAUGGCAACAGACAGAGAGAGGAUUGGAACAGUUUUAAGCAGAGGUUUUCCUGGUCCACGUGUCAUGGAUCGUCCACGGUGUGUGAAGCUAUGGGCUGGGGCACUGCAAUCGCUGUGGGUUUGCAUCUAUGUAGGAAUAUCGGCAGAAUCGACUGGGUUACGGAUGAUGACAAAACAAGAUUUCAGCGUGCGCUGGGUAGGUUUGCGCUGGCAAUGCCAAGAACAUUCAAAGAUCGCCUCGCUACAACUCGGAUGUCAGUCGUAACUGAAGGUACAAAACAACAAGAUUCAACCGAGCAGACACCAGAACAACUUUUAUUGGAAGUUAGAAGUAAGUUUGAAUCGUUAGCCGAUGAGAGUACAGGAACUGUCCUGAAUGCAGUGGGUUUAAAUUACGUGGAGAAAAGAAAUUUUGUUAAAGCCGCUGAAGAAUUCCGACAAGCCAGUGAUAUGGGACAUGGUAAAGCAAUGUAUAAUCUUGGUAUAUGUUAUGAACAGGGAAUGGGUGUUAGUCAAAGUCUUGCAAAGGCUGCUGAAUACUAUAAGCAGGCAGCUGAUAAGGGACAUCCUAUGGCACUUUACAAUCUAGCUGUCUUUCACUUGAUGGGUCUAGCUGGUUUGAAGAAGGACACCCAGAAAGCAAUAGACCUGAUGGAAAAUGCAGCUGAACAAGGACUAUUACAGGCGCAGUCCUACCUUGGUGUGUAUUACACUGAAGCACCACAUAGGAAUCUGGAGAAAGCCUUUGAACUAUUUCAAGGUGCCGCUGCCAGUGAGGAUGCUGAAAGUCAGUAUUACCUUGGUAUAUGCUACGAACAAGGCUGGGGUAAUGGUAAAAAUACAGCAAAAGCCGCUGAUCUCUACGCCAAGGCAGCUCACCAAGGCCAUGCUGGUGCACAGUAUAACUUGGCUGUCUUCUAUGAAAUGGGGCUAGGCGGUCUUCCCAUAGACAAAUCAUAUGCAAAGGACCUGUAUAAAUUAGCCAGUGAGUCAGGCUCACAGCUGGCAGCUCAAGGUAUUGCAAGAAUAGAAAAGGAUGAGAAAAUAGCUUUACUGGAGUCAGCAGUGAAUAAACCAUUGCCAUCGCAACACAGUGUGCCAAAUUUUGAAAACACGAAACCAAUCUCAAAGCCCAAAUCGUUACAUGCGUCUGUAUCGUCACCUGCAUUGACAAGUCUAGCAGAGACUCCAAAUAACAACAAACAAGAGAUUUUAGGAAUGCGUAAACAAUCUCAAUCGGUUCUCAACUUGUGUUUACCAAGCCUGUUCCAGUUUGAAGACUACCCGGUGUGUGAAGCCGAUAUAAAGGGAAGCCAGGAUGACAUGUACGGGAUAAGCAUUGACUUUGAUGGCAACGAUUGGCUAUCACAAUUUGGACUUGGAAUAUCAAACACCAACAAUAAUUUACAUACAGGGCAUUUCGGUUUCAGCAGUAUCAUACAGAGUGGGUCUUGAAUAAUUGCGGAUAUUGCUACAAUCCGUUUGUAAUUGGUGCUAUAUGAAGUAUAUAUAUGUAUAUAAAGAGAAUGCAGAUUGACAACCAUGUCUUUUAUUAAUAAGCUACAAAGACACGUUGGCAUUUAUAUGCAAGGGUAUGCUUGACUUUGUCAAUUAAUGUUUUUGAACAAUUGGGAAUAAUGAUGACCACCAUUUUUGUAUGUUUUGUAUAGGACGAGUUUGACUCCUUAUCAUAUUCAGUGAAAUACACUGAAGCCGGAUAGAUAGUGAUUAUGUUACUUCAUUUAAAGAUCUCUCCAGUUGUUGUACACCUAAAACUUAUCUGAAUUUUCUAACAAUUCAGGACAUCCAUCAUAUCUGA